AUGGAGACCGAGAGCAAACCCCCAUACGCAACCGCGUCACCAGACGUGGAGGAAAACAUGAGUGUCGGCCAAUAUAUCGCGACACGCUUCACUUCGCUGAGACCCCCAAUGAACCCCGCGCCAAACCCCUUCAAAGCCCUAACCCUCCUAAACAAACAACAAUGGCUAAAUUUCUUGGUCGCAUUCUGCGGCUGGUCAUGGGACUCCUUCGACUUCUUCACCGUCUCCCUAACAACCUCCCAGCUCGCCGAAACCUUCAACAAAUCAGUAACAGACAUAACAUGGGGCAUAACACUAGUCCUUAUGCUACGCUCCGUCGGCGCAAUAACCUUCGGCAUAGCCUCCGACCGCUGGGGCCGCAAAUGGCCCUUCAUCGUUAACCAGCUCCUCUUCGUCGUCCUCGAGCUAGGUGCCGGUUUCUGCCAAACAUACAAGCAAUUCCUCGCCUGUCGCGCGCUCUUUGGUAUCGCCAUGGGCGGUCUGUAUGGUAACGCCGCUGCUACCGCGCUGGAAGACUGCCCUGCUGAAGCCCGUGGUAUUAUCUCUGGUCUUUUGCAGCAGGGUUAUGCUUUUGGUUAUCUGCUUGCUACGGCUUUCGCGCGCGCGCUGGUUGAUACCACUCCCCAUGGGUGGAGGCCGCUUUAUUGGUUUGCGGCUUGUCCGCCGGUUCUGAUCAUUAUUUUCCGGCUGUUCCUUGGUGAGACGGAGACUUUUAAGCGGAGACAAGAGACCCGCGCGGAGAUGAGGGGUGGUGUUGCUGCUUCUUUCUUGUCCGAGGGCAAGGUUGCUCUGCAGCGUCAUUGGCUUAUUCUCAUUUAUUUGGUGUUGCUCAUGGCUGGCUUUAACUUUAUGUCUCACGGCUCCCAGGAUCUCUAUCCAACAAUGCUGGAGAACCAAUUCAACUUCUCUAAGAACGCAGUCACAGUCACACAAGUGGUGGCAAAUCUAGGCGCGCUCUCUGGCGGCACGCUCUGUGGCUGGGCGAGUCAAAUCUUCGGCCGCCGCUUCUCAAUCAUAGUCAUCUCGAUUGUGGGUGGUGCGUUGUUGUACCCCUACACCUUCGUGCAGAAUAAGAACGUCAUUGCGGCCGCGUACUUUGAGCAAUUCAUGGUGCAAGGCGCCUGGGGUGUCAUCCCUAUCCAUCUGAUGGAAUUGUCUCCUGGCCCAAUCCGCACAUUCGCUGUGGGAACGGCGUACCAGCUUGGAAACCUUGUUUCGUCUGCCAGUUCGACUAUCGAGUCCACUAUUGGUGAGCGGUUCCCCUUGCCGCCGACUGAGGAGUCAAAGCAUCGGUAUGAAUAUGGCAAGGUUAUUUGUAUUUUUAUGGGAUGUGUUUUUGCCUAUGUUAUUCUCAUCACUUUUGCUGGUCCUGAGAAGUUGGGUAGAAACUUUGAUGCUGAGCAUGAUGCUGAUUUGCAAGUGGUUGCUGCUCACCGGGGAUUUGAUGACAAGAAGUAUCCUGAUGAGGAGAAGGGAAGGGUUGAGACUGUUGAGUGA